AUGGCGUCCUUUCUCAGACACAAGGAUCACGCUGCCCCUUCAGCCGCUGCUGUCGCGCCAGGAGAGCCCACAGAGGCGCAGAUCAAUGCCGCUCAAGCUCAGGAUGCAGCCGAACAUGCCGCUGUCAAUGCCAAGUUGCGGCAGAACGAGGCAGCUGGCGCUCGAGUGCUCGAAUUUGACGAGAAUGCCACUCCUGCAGAGAAGGCCGCUCAAGCUGCCAAGGCAACGGAUCGCAUCAAGCCAAAGACAGCAGCAGCCGCACAGCAGGGCUCUGGUAUUGCAAGCGACAUCGGCGGCAAGAAGGUCGAUCCUACGCUCAGCAUGAAGGAUGUAGACAAGCUCAACGAGCAGGAGAAGAACGCACCAGGCUCGCUUCCUGCCGGUCAGCCUAGUGUUAAUCUGCCGCCUGGCACCGUGGCUGGAUGGGCCGCUGCUGCCCUUGCUGCCAAGGGUCUUCCGCUCGAUCGAUCCAUCAACCCCGACGAAGAAGUUCAGCGUGACUUGAUCAGUACCUUUGUCGGCGAAAGCUAUCUCGGCUACUUCUGGUGGGAUGCCUCCGUCAUCGUAUUGGCCGUACUCUUCACCUACUUCGCCACUCGUCUGGGCGGAGGUAUAGCCUCUAUCCUGAUCAUCGGCGCCUUCUGCUCCACCUACUACAACACCAGCAUGCGUCGAACCCGUCAGCGCGCACGGGACGACAUCACUCGCGAGUUGGCCAAGAAGAAGAUGGUCUCAGAGCACGAAUCCGCCGACUGGAUCAACCAUUUCCUCUCGCGCUUCUGGCUCAUCUACGAGCCCGUUCUGUCUGCGACCAUCAUUGGCACCGUCGACCAGAUCCUGGUGCAGAACUGCCCAGGCUUCCUCGAUUCGAUCCGCAUGACUACCUUCACGCUCGGCACCAAAGCACCUCGAAUCGACUCGGUCCGUACCUUCCCAAACACGGACGAGGAUAUCGUCAUGAUGGACUGGAAGUUCAACUUCACGCCCAGCGAUGUGCUCGAUCUCACCGUCAAGCAGGCCAGCCAGAAGAUCAACCCAAAGAUCGUCCUCACCGUUCGAAUUGGAAAGGGCUUCGUUGGCGCUGGCCUUCCGAUCUUGCUCGAGGACAUCAACUUUGUCGGUCACCUCCGCCUGCGCAUGAAGCUCAUGAGCAACUUCCCUCACGUGCAGCUCGUCGACAUCUCGUUCAUGGAGCCCCCCAAGAUUGAUUACGUGCUCAAGCCAAUCGGAGGCAACACGUUCGGCUUUGACAUCGGCAACAUUCCUGGUCUUUCCGACUUCAUCCAGGGACAGAUCCAUGCCAAUCUCGGACCGAUGAUGUACAACCCCAAUCUCUUCACCAUCAAUCUCGAGCAGAUGAUGUCCGGGACACCGCUCGACACUGCUAUCGGAGUUCUUCAAGUCAACAUCUGGUCAGCGCGCAACCUCAAGGGAGUCAAGCUGGGCGGCGGUACGCCUGAUCCAUAUGUCACGCUCUCUAUCGACAAUCGCGAGGUGCUGGCAAAGACCUCGACCAAGAGAGGCACCUCCAACCCGCAGUACAAGGAGACCAAGUUUGUGCUGCUCAACAACCUCAACGGCAUGCUCACCAUGGCUGUCAUGGACUUCAACGAGCAUCGUCCCGAUUCCACUUUGGGCCAGGCUGCUUUCGACCUCAAGGAGCUCAUGGACGGCUCUGAGCAGGAGAACUUGAGCACACCCAUCAUUCUCGACGCCAAGGAGCGAGGCGAGGUGCAAUACUCGCUUUCCUACUAUCCUGUCGUCAAACCCGAGACUGGCGAGGACGGUCAGCUCAAGCCCCUGCCUGAAACCCGAUCAGGAGUGGUGCGCUUUACCUUGCAUCAAGCCAAGGAGCUCGACAAGCGUUCUGGCUUCAGCGGUGAGCUGUGUCCAAAGGGACGCAUCAAGCUCAAUGGCCAGCAGGUCAAGGACACCAUCGUCAUCAAGCGCACCACCAACCCCAUUUUCGAGCUGCCCACCGAGUUUCUCGUCACUGAUCGCAAGAAGGCUGUCAUUACCGUCGAGAUUCUCGAUGACCGCGAUCUGCGUGCCGACCCUGUUGUAGCGUACGUCAGCAUCCGCCUCGACGAUCUGCUCGCAGCCAAAGAGAAGCAGCAGGAUUGGUUCCCGCUCAAGAACUCGAAGAAUGGUCGAGUGCGCAUGUCAGCGCAAUGGAAGCCAGUACAGAUGUCCGGCAGUAUGAACGGCAGCAGCGGCUACACGCCCGCUAUCGGCGCUGUCAAGUUCUGGAUCAAGCGUGCGACCGACGUCAAGAACGUCGAAGGCAUGACCGGUGGCAAGUCGGAUCCGUAUGUGCAGCUGCGUGCUCGAGGACAAGCCGUCGACGGUACCACGAUCGUCAACAACAAUCUCAACCCAGAGUGGAACGAGAUCCUCUACGCUCCCGUCCACUCAUUGCGUGAAAAGAUCACGAUCGAGGUCAUGGACUACCAGAACACGGGCAAGGACCGCUCUCUCGGCAACGUCGAGGUCGAUGUGGCUCAGCUCGCAAAAGAUUCGGCUGGCUUGGACCCACGCCUCAGGUACAGCGGCACCGGCAAGCAUGCUCACAAGGACAAGAUCCACCUUGGACGCGGCAUCUACAAGGGACAGAUCGAGUUUGACUGCGAGUUCCUCCCGGCCGUCAGCAUCAAGGGCGCCGAGUUCGAUGAACGCGAGAACGAGGCGGCGGCGAAGAGCGGUGCCAUCAUCGAGAAGGCGGAAGAAGAGUCCGGAGCCGACACUGCAGUCAAUGGUACGCAGAAGGCCAACGGCGCGAGCGAGGUCAAGGCAGCCGUCAAGGGGGCCGCCAAAGGUCACGUCAAGGACAAGAACUCGAUCGCUUCGCUCAAGAGUGUCAAGGAUGCCGGUGCCAGCGCUCCGCCUUCUGCCGUGGAAAAGGUCGAAGAAGGCGUCACGAUGUCCAAGCAACAGCUGCUCAACGAGCAGUCCGGUAUCAUUGUCUUCAACAUCUUGCAAGGCAAGCUUCCGACUAACAAGAAGAAUGCUCGCCUCGAGGUGCUCUUCGACGAUGGCUACUGGCCAGCUUACACCACCGAGAAGGCUCGCACCGCUCAGCACACAUGGGACGAGGUAGGCGAGUCGGUCGUCAAGGAGCUCGACUGGUCCAAGUUCCAUCUCAAGCUGACUACGGGCGAUGGUGACGAUGACGUCUUUGCCGAGUUCUCGGGCAACACCAAGGAUGUCCUCGAAAAAGCGCUCAACUCGCAGUACGAGUUCCGCCUGCAAAACGCCGCCGGUGCGCAGGUGGCAAGCGUGGUUCUAGAGUGCAGGUACAUCCCCAUCAACCUGCACCUUGAGCCCGUCGAGAGCGUCAACAACCAGGGCUUCCUCCGUGUCGACUUGGUGCACGCUCGCAACCUUCGAGCUGCGGACCGCGGCAAUCGUUCGGACCCCUACUUUGCAUUCGUGCUCAACGGCGAGCGCAUGGCCAAGUCCAAGGUGAUCAAGAAGACGCUCAACCCGGACUACAACGAGAACCUGGGCGAGUUCAAGGUACCUUCGCGAGUAGCUGCUGAUGCCGUGUUUGAGGCGUACGACUGGGACCAAGUCGGAACGCCAGACAAGCUCGGAAAGGCGCAGGUGGACCUGUCGGUGCUCGAGCCCUUCGAGCCUUUCGAAAAGACCUACCCGCUGACGGGAAGCGGCUCGGCCGACAACUCGGAGGUGACACUGCGUUUUGUGUUCAAGCCCGACUUUGUCGCCAAUCGCGAACGAAAGGGUACGAGUAUCAGUAGAACCUUCACUUCUGGAGUUGCAGGCGUAGGACGCGUUGGAGUCGGUGGCGCGUUGGCCGUCGGCACCGGUGUCGGCAAAGCCGGUCUCGGCGUGGGCAAAGCCGGCUUCGGUGUUGGAAAGGGUGUCGUCGGUGUGGCAGGUAAAGGUGUCGGUGGUGUCGUCGGUGUAGCCGGCAAGGGUGUUGGAGGCGUCACCAAGGGCGUGGGCAGCAUCAUCCGUCCAGGCAACCGCAAGGUCUCAGCAGCCGAGAUCGCCGCAGGCGAAGAAGCACUGCUCGACCCAACCACGGGCGAACUCGUCAGCCCCUACGGUCCGGACGGCCUCCCCGCCAUUCCUUCCGGCACAGGCCUCCCCGCCGGUUACAACAUUCCUGCACCGGCCAAUCAAGAGGGCUCAACAACGGCAGACGCAAGCUUCGACCACGACGCAAGGUCCUUCGCCGAGUCCCAGGGCACACCCAGCAAGCGCAAGUCCAAGCUGCACAAUCCUUUCAAGCGACAUCACAAGGACGGUUGA